CUACGCUGUGCAACACGCGCCCUGCCUGGGCGUACCGAAGGGGGCGGCCAGAAAACAAGCAUAUGCUUCCAUAGCGCCGGGGCACGUCGUGAUUCCGGUCUCAUUUUCAACGGAGCAAGUGCAAAGGCCGGCAGAAUUGUGUGUACAACACACCCGCGAGGUUGAACACUCAUCAUAUGCAUAAAUAGACGGUCCACAGGUCUGUGCUUUGUUACCGUGUGCUCUGUCUGCCGCGAGCGGAUUCGGCGUAUGCGGGCGACCUGGGCAACGGCCAACUCUCAGUUCUCGGCGGCUCGCUACUUUGCGGCCACCUUGCUCUUCUUCGCGCCGCGCGCUGCUCUCCCAGCGACAGCCCUGCCAGAAACCCCGAAGCUUCUUCGACGGCAACUCGCCUUCGCUUCCUCUCAACGCCAACACGUGCGUGGCUGCAGCAAUAGCAGCACCACCAAAAGCAGCAUCAACAGGGCUAGAGUGGGGAGUAGCAGCGGAGCCACUAAGAGUGCUGUACGAGCCGUUUCCACGGCAGCAACGGUGACCGGUGGCGAUACUAUGGACGGAAGCAACAGCAAUGCGCAAAAGUUGCCGAGUCUGCCGAGCUUCCUCGAGACCUGUUCCUCCAGGGCGAGGAGGCAACAACAGAGCCAGGCCAACACUGCAAAAGCAACCGCAGAGACAGAGACAUUGCUGUUUCACGUCUUCUCGGGCAAUGAAGCAUGCGACGCUGACAGCAUGUGCAGCGCUAUCGGCAUGGCCUUCUUGAAGCAGGCAACGGCCGCCCUUGCCGCUGCGGAUGAUGGUGGCGACGUCGUUCAUGUUCCGGUGAUGCCGAUCCCGCGGGGAGACCUGGCGCUGCGGCGCGAGGUGCUAGUGCUGUUCGAACUGUGCGGUGUCGAUCCCUCGGCGAUUGUGUUCGCUGACGAGCUUGACUUGCACGCGUUGCAGGCGGAAGGAAAACUGCGAAUUACCUUGACGGACCACAACGCCGUGUCUGGGGGGCUCUCCGGACUGGGAGAUGCCGUCGUCGAGAUCGUCGACCACCACGUUGACCUCGGAGAACACCCCAGCGUCCAAGGAAGCCGCAGGGACGUCGCCUUCGAAGCGAAUGACGGGGGCGGGAAGGCGCUGGUGGGCUCCUGCUGCACGAUCGUUGCCGAGAGGAUGCUCGACCAGGCGCCGGCGUUGCUCUCUUCGGACGUUGCUCAACUUCUGCUGGGCGUGGUGAGAAGGAGGGAGGGGGGUGGCGGUGGGAGUGUUGUCGACAUCGUAGAGAUGGCGUCUCACAGGAACAAACAGAUUCUUGUGGACACGCUGAACCUCGACAUGGAGAUCAAACGGGCGACGCGUCGAGAUAUCGCCGCUGCGCAGGAGCUGUCUCGCCGGGUGUCGUGGUCGCCAUCGUCUGCGCGAGGUUCUGGGGAAUGUUCUCCCUCUUCAGCACGUCGCUGCUGCACCACGGCGGACGAGUUGUUCGAUACCCUGCGAAAUGCUAAGUUCGAUCCGGCGUUUUGGAGAGAAAUCUCUGCGAUCGACACUCUGCGCUACGACUACAAGAGUUUUCAUGCGGCGGGCGAGAUCGGCGGGACCUCCAGUAACCGUGACGACCGUCAAAAUCACGACAACCCGCCCCGUCCGCUGAAGUUUGGAAUGAGCUCUACCCUGUGCCGGCUGGAGACGCUUGCGGAGAAGGGAGGAGACAAAGGAUUCGGCGAUGCCAUGCGCACGUUUGCGGUCUCCCAGGGGGUGGACUCGCUGGCAGUGAUGACGAGUACUCUGGACGAAGAGGAAAACAUGCGGAAGGAACUGCUCAUCUUCACCCACACCAAGCUUCGGGGCGACCAGAUGCGGGAGUACCUCGAAGGCGCCCACGGGGAGUUCCUAAAGCUAGAGGCGGCAGCGCCACCGGGAACUGGUUUCGGCGGCCGCGGUGACGAGGUGGAGGGAUCAGAAGAGGGAGCCAGCGGAUGGUUUUUGCGAUGGGAUUUGAGGAACGUCAGGGCCUCGAGGAAGCAGCUUGCUCCCGUUAUCGCGUCCUUUUACGAGUCCGUUGUGGGCCGCUGAACCAACAAGAAGGCGCCUCACAUACCACUCUGUUUGGAAAUCAUUGGGAUAAUCACGUUUGUAUCCAAAUGGUCGU